GCACGAACUUUUCUAUUACGAACUCCUUUAUGUUCGACCAUAUCUCGCUCGUGAGAUAACAGUGGCGGAGGGGGAAAUCACUGGUUUUCCUGGAAAACCGUCAGCUUUCUCGGGAACACUGUCGAUCUUGCGAGGGAGAGGGGGACGUGCUCCCGGCCCGCGGCGAUCGCUCGGGAUUCCUUUCCGGGAGCAGAAAUUGAGGGAGCUGAAAUUGAGCUCGCGAGUUCGAUGGCCGGCCCGACGAUAGCUCUGUACGCGGGCCCGCCGAGCGGCGUGUGCUCCGCCGCCCACCAGAUCAACGCCCACGUCUGGUGCGAUCUCGAAUUGAGCUCCAGAUCGUCGCAGGCCACCUCGUCGGCGGCGUCUUCGUCGUCUUGUUCGCCGUCGCAGAAGAUGGUCGGCGGCCUCUCGUGCCUCUUCUCGUCGCCCGGCGUCAAGCAAGCUUCCGGCUCUAGCUUCGCCGGCGGAGGAGGAGAAGAAUUGGGGCAAUUGUGGCACGAUAGAAGCGACGAUUUCAGGGAAUUUAGUAGCUCGUUCCGUUAUUCUCCGAGUAAAUUCAUCGGUUCGUUGAAGAGGGAUCAUCAGAGUCCGGUUUCGGUUUUUCAGGGUCCGGUCUCGUGUGGAAAUGGGUCCAUAAAGAGUCCUCCCACGAGGAUUUCGCGAGAAGUUAGAGGUGGGUCGAGAGUUAUGUAUGAUGGCUUUGUUAGGAAUGCAUUGGGCUCUUGUGUGGACUAUGAUUCUAAUACUUUUGAGUUGAGAGAUGCCGUUGAUGUGGAGGAGUUGACGUUCGAUUUGGAGGAGAAUUCGUUGGAACUUGAUACUGAGCCUUAUGCGAAGGAGUUAUUGGUGGGUGCACAGUCCAGGCACAAGAUCUUCUGUGAAAAUUUCGUGGUGAAGGCUUUCUACGAGGCCGAGAAGGCACACAGAGGGCAGAUGCGGGCGAGUGGCGAUCCAUAUUUGCAGCACUGCGUGGAGACUGCAGUGUUAUUGGCACUGAUUGGUGUUGAUUCUACGGUGGUUGCUGCGGGGUUAUUGCAUGACACACUUGAUGAUUCAAAAAUGACAUAUGACGACAUAUGCAGGAAUUUUGGAUCUAGCGUUGCUGAUCUGGUUGAAGGGGUCUCCAAGCUAAGUCAAUUAAGCAAGCUUGCACGAGAGAGUAAUACAGCAAGCAAGACUGCUGAGGCAGAUCGAUUACAUACCAUGUUCCUUGCUAUGGCAGAUGCAAGGGCUGUUCUCAUCAAAAUAGCAGAUCGUCUGCAUAAUAUGAUGACACUGGAUGCGUUGCCUCUUGUCAAGCAACAGAGAUUUGCAAAGGAGACAUUGGAAAUAUUUGCACCCUUGACCAACCGUUUGGGCAUAUCUAGUUGGAAAGAAGAGCUAGAAAACCUGUGUUUUAAGCAUCUUAACCCUGACCGACACAAGGAACUGUCCUCUCAGCGUUUAGAGUCUUAUGACGAGACAAUAAUCGCUUCUGCCAUAGAGAAGCUUGAGCAAGCUCUUAAGAACCAGUCAAUUUCUUAUCAUUUCCUUUCUGGGAGGCACAAAAGUUUGUAUAGCAUUCAUUGCAAGAUGUUGAAAAAAAACCUGACUAUGGAUAAUAUCCAUGAUGUACAUGGCUUGCGACUGAUUGUUGAGAAAAAGGAAGACUGUUACAGAGCUUUAGGAAUUGUUCACCAAUUAUGGUCUGAAAUUCCCGGAAAGUUUAAGGACUACAUAACUCAUCCAAAGUUCAAUGGGUAUCAAUCUCUCCACACGGUUGUGAUGGGUGAUGGAAUGAUACCUCUUGAAGUUCAAAUUCGGACAAAAGAAAUGCACCUGCAAGCUGAAUUUGGAUUUGCAGCACAUUGGAGAUACAAAGAAGGCGAGUGCAAGCACUCUUCCUCUGUUCUUCAGAUGGUUGAAUGGGCACGAUGGGUCAUCACCUGGCAUUGUGAGACAAUGAGCAAAGAUAAUUCAUCUAUUGGAUAUUUACACUCCUUCAAGCCUCCAUGCAAGUUCCCUUUUCAUUCUGACGAUUGUCCGUACUCUUACAAGCCUCACAAUGACCACAGUGGACCUAUCUUUGUGAUCGUGAUUGAGAAUGAUAAGAUGUCUGUUCAAGAAUACCCAGCGGAUUCUACAAUGAUGGACUUGUUAGAAAGAGCAGGACGAGGAAGUGCCAGAUGGAUGCCCUAUGGUUUCUCUCUGAAGGAAGAACUGAGGCCGAGGCUGAACCGCCAGCCCGUUGGCGACCCGACCUGCAAACUGAGGAUGGGGGAUGUGGUGGAACUUACGCCAGCCCUACCCGACAAGUCUUUGACAGAGUACCGGGAAGAAAUCCAGCGCAUGUAUAACCGUGGCCCAACAGUGUCGAGCACGGGUCCUGCUGCGAGUACUGUGGUUGGGUGGAGUAACUAACACAGCCUGUUGGGCCAGCCAUAUGUGAUUUUUUAUUAGUUGUAUAAUUAUGAUUAUGAUAGAUACAUGUACAGAACAAGAUCUGUUUGGUCCUGGGAUGAGAAAAGGAGGACAUUGAUCUGACCUUAUGGAUUCAAAAUUCAAUGAAGUUACAAAAAUGAUUCUUUCUCUAAAA